CAUCUACAACUCCAUCAACAACUUCUCCAACAUCCACAAUAUUGAAAACAAGCACCCUUACUCUUAGCCCUGGAUGUAAUUGUCAUUGGUCAGAUUGGAAUGACUUUGGCGGUUCAACAACAGGUCUUGACGGUGGUGAAAUAGUACCUAUUGAAAGAAUAACUGACACCUCUUCUAGCAUCUGCUCAGCUCUCAAGGACAUAGAAUGCCGUGCAAAACGUUAUCCUGGAGUUCCUCUUACACAGCUUGGCCAGGUUGUGAAAUGCAAUACAAACGAUGGAUUCGUUUGCUUGAACAAACACCAAGGCCUUGCACAGCAAUGUUAUGACUAUGAGAUCAGAGCAUUCUGUUGUGAUGAAAACUGUGGCAACAUCACAACACAGUCCUUAAGGACAGAUGCGACAACAAUGUCAUCAACAAGCAUGCUUGUGUCACCAAGUACAACAUCAGCAGUCCAAAGUUCCUCCACAGUUACACAUGUAUCAACAGAUUCAUUAACAACAAUUUCUGCUAGUACACCUUCAUCAACAUUUUCAAGCAGCAUGCCUAAACCACCAACUACGACAUCAACAAGCCAUAUUUCCUCCACAAGCAUAAGCAUAUCAACAACUACAGCAGCAACUUCCACAAUAAUUUCUGCCAUGCCUUUAGUUUCUUCAACAAGCAGGUUUACCCCAAAAGUUACUACACCAAAAGUCCAUAGUUCCUCUACUGGUAAAAGCAUACCCUCAACUCCAAAAAUGUCUACACCUUUACCAACGUUUUCAACUGGCAUGACUACACCACUGACUCAAACUUCUUCAGUCCAAAAUUCCUCUAAUAUUACAAGCAUGCCUACAACUCCAACAACACAAACAUCUACAACUCCAUCAACAACUUCUCCAACAUCCACAAUAUUGAAAACAAGCACCCUUACUCUUAGCCCUGGAUGUAAUUGUCAUUGGUCAGAUUGGAAUGACUUUGGCGGUUCAACAACAGGUCUUGACGGUGGUGAAAUAGUACCUAUUGAAAGAAUAACUGACACCUCUUCUAGCAUCUGCUCAGCUCUCAAGGACAUAGAAUGCCGUGCAAAACGUUAUCCUGGAGUUCCUCUUACACAGCUUGGCCAGGUUGUGAAAUGCAAUACAAACGAUGGAUUCGUUUGCUUGAACAAACACCAAGGCCUUGCACAGCAAUGUUAUGACUAUGAGAUCAGAGCAUUCUGUUGUGAUGAAAACUGUGGCAACAUCACAACACAGUCCUUAAGGACAGAUGCGACAACAAUGUCAUCAACAAGCAUGCUUGUGUCACCAAGUACAACAUCAGCAGUCCAAAGUUCCUCCACAGUUACACAUGUAUCAACAGAUUCAUUAACAACAAUUUCUGCUAGUACACCUUCAUCAACAUUUUCAAGCAGCAUGCCUAAACCACCAACUACGACAUCAACAAGCCAUAUUUCCUCCACAAGCGUCUUGACGGUGGUGAAAUAG